GCGGUUCCGGCCAGCGAGAAGAACUUCCCAGGUUUCUAAAGUUGAAUCACAACGCAAUGUCUUCAACUGACGCAUACAAAUCUGCGCUUGAGAGCAACCACAAAUGGGCUCACGAGGUUGCCGAGAAGGACCCGGAGUUCUUUCCCACAUGCUCGAAGGGACAGGCUCCUGAGAUCCUAUGGCUAGGCUGCGCGGAUUCCCGCGUGCCCGAGACCACGAUUCUGGGAGUAAAGCCUGGUCAAGUCUUCACCCACCGCAACAUCGCCAAUAUCAUUUGCCCUUCCGACAUCAGCAUGCUCUCUAUUGUCGAGUUCGCGGUCUUCCACAUCAAGGUCAAGCACAUCGUGCUUUGCGGCCACACCUCGUGCGGUGGCGUCGCUGCCUCCCUGGCCAACUCUAAGCUAGACAUCCUCGACGUCUGGUUGCAACCGCUGCGUCUCCUGCGAGAGAAGUACUCAGACGAGCUGGCGGCGAUGGAUGAGGCGGAACGCGGCACGUUCCUGGCGAAGGAGAACGUACGUGCAGGUGUUGAGCACCUCAAGAGGAUACCGACCGUGAUCAAUGCCAUUCGCGAGCGUGGUCUUGAGCUUCAUGGCGUCAUCUACAACCUGGGCACUGGCAAGCUCGAGGAGGUGACCUGCGACGAGGAUGAAGCGUUCUGCGUGAAGCGUGUCGCCGCGUUUGAGCGAUCAUAAAUCACCGCGUCAGCAAAAUACAUAUAGUGGAAGGAAAUCAGGUCACGGCGGCAUCAUACGUCGUGGGUCGGGCGUUGAGCGGAAGACAUUGGGGAAGCUGGCUAUGUCCUAUGCCAUGUUGUCUGUAGAUUUCUACCUCGAGUGCAUUCGCAGCCCCCCAAUACAUCGUUGACAAUCUCUGG